GCCCCACCUUUACUAUGCCGAUGAAGGCUCUUCCGAGUUGUCGGGUACAGGAGGUCACGGGGCAUGCGGUGCAUCAACAUACUAUGAACCCCGCAUUCCAUGGCAGAAACAUACGAUCCUCAACUUCCGGAUGUCAGCAAUCAGCAUCACCCUUCCUGCAAUGGAACUCCAUCACUGGCUCCUCUGCGCAUUUCCCAAUCCUCUUUGAUUUCUUCUCCCGUGGUCUUUGCUCUUCACCGUCUUGAUCCGGGGCUAGCCAGAGAUACUACUCAAUCUCCGUGCUCAAAUGAUAUUUCUCCUCGAGCUCGCAACGUUCUUACCACCACUGAUCUCUCCCCUAGUACACUCUCAUGCGACGAUAAUCGUCUCGUUUGUGAGUUCGAGGACCCUCAAUCAGAUUAUGCAUCCUCUCCGGAAUCUGUCUAUAUGCCAGACGACAACCGGGAAGUCGAUGACACAUGUUUUACUUCUUUCAACGGCACAUGGCCUCAUCUCCGCGUCAGGACUCAUGCUACUCUCGCCCCAUCGCCUGCAAAUGAAAAACGCUUACCGUCAUCAGAAGAAUGUUCUUUGCGGGUCGGUACAAAGCUUGAUGGAGCGGCUUCGAAGCGUCAGUCUCCUGCUAUUCUUGCUAAAGCCACCAAGCAGCCAGUCAAGGCGUUACCUGCCCACAAACGCGCGGUGGGCAAGAAGCCUUCUCUGGCAUGCCUAUUUUGUCGCGGUAGAAAGAUUGCAUGUGGCCCGCCUCUUCCAGGAAGCACAGACAAAACUUGCAAUCAAUGUCAGCGCCGAUCUUUGAAAUGCGAGUUUCCUCGCGAGAGUCGAAGGGGCAUGAGAAAGAAGAAAGCCGAGUCGAACGCUGUCGCAUCAAUUCCCGCUGAAGAACCGCCCGUCAAAGCAUGAGAUGCAUGAGACCUUGGACCCACCACGGCGCAUUCGGCAGCGACGGGCGCUCCGGUGGUCCUCUUUCCUCGGUAGAGGCGGAUUACGGUACGAACGGUGCGGGGAAUAUCAAAUCCUGGUCUCUCUAUCUACGCGUUCCCGCAUGUUUUCCAUACACCACUUACCUUAUCUAGAUUGUUUCGUAAUGCUUUCGUGACGCCACGGCUAUUAUAUAUACGCAUUUGUUUUUGCUUUCGAAAGACCUGCUAUCGUUGUUGUACAAAUUAGUAUUUUACAUUACUCCAUGACAUUUAGAAAUGAAAAUGACCUUCAAAA